UGUUGCCAUUGUGGUUCUGAUCACAUUAAAGGACAUCAGAUAUCACUGGACAGGAGAGGAGGCAACCCAGCCAUUCAGACCAAAUGUUGAUGAGAAGUGGACAGAGCAAACGGCAACUACAGAUUACGAGAGUGGAUUUCGGUGUCUGUGGAUGCAGCGUGAUAGACCAAUUGCACAAGUGAAUAAAGCUGAGUUCACUGUUUCAACCAUUGAACACAACAACAACAACAACAACAACAACAACAACAACAACAACAACAACAACAACAACAACAACAACAAACAAGACCAAGAAACAGAGAUUGCCUUUGUGCUGGAUGGCUCUGGUAGUAUUGUACGCAGCGACUUUGAAAUGGCGAAAACUUUCAUUUGUGAUUUUGUAACUUACGUUUGGGUGUUUGAGUGUUUGAGUUGCAAGUUUGCUGUUGUACAGUAUGGAACGGACGUCAGAACUGAAUUGUCAUUGUCGGAGAAGUACAACCAAAAAAACGUCUUAAAAACCAUUAAAAACAUACGACAGCUAGGGACAGCCACCGCGACAGCCUCAGCAAUCAACCAUGUCCUGGAACAUGUUUUCAUCGCAGCAAAAGGAUCAGAUGAGAGUGCCAAAAAAUACAUUGUUGUCAUAAGUGACGGACGUAUAUUUCUGGACUCGUUAAAUCUGGCAGAGGUUUUGCAAAACCCCAAAAUUACAAACAUCACCCGCUUUGCCAUUGGGGUGGGGGGAGGGAUUCUAAAUGAUCCGGCAGUUAAAGAGAUGAGGGAGAUUGCCUCAGAACCGGAUGAGAAACACUUUUUUGAAGUCAAUAGUUUUGAGUCUUUGGGCAGCACUCUACAGUCAUUGCUGUCUGCCAUCUUCGCCCUUGAGGUUGAAAUACCGGAGAUGACGCAUGCCAGCCUGAAAUCAGAGCAAGACAUAACACACAACAGCUGGCCAAAGGACUGCCAUUACAGCCACACGUCAGCAGGUCAGCAGAACAGCAGGGUUAUGGGGCGUGCUGAACUCUUUGACUUCCAUGGAGUCCCUAUGACACGCCCCUUCACAGACAGCUGGGAAAAGGUGCAGAACUUUAAGGCUCUGCCCGAUGAUAUUCUCAUAGCUACAUAUCCAAAAGCAGGCACCACUUGGAUAUCGUAUGUACUGGAUUUGCUGUACUUCAAGCAGAAGGAUGAAGUGAGAGAGAAGUCUGUGCCACUCUCCGACAGAGUUCCCUUCCUUGAGAUCACCAAUGUAGAUCUUACCACAGGCGUAGAGACCGCUGAAAGCGUCACCACCCGUCCUCGUCUCAUCAAAACUCAUCUACCCGUUCAGUUUGUGCCGAAGAGCUUCUGGGACAACAACUGCAGGAUAGUGUGUGUGGCUCGCAAUGCCAAAGACAGUGCUGUGUCUUUCUACCACCAUCACCGCAUGGGCAUCCGCUCGCCAGACCCACAGAACUGGAGCAGUUUUCUGGACAGAUUCAUGGAAGGGAAAGUGCUCUAUGGCUCCUGGUAUGAGCAUGUGACUGGCUGGUGGGAUCAGAAGCAGACGUACCCUAAUCUUCACUACAUGUUCUAUGAGGAUAUAGUACAGGACACCAGUGGUGAGCUGGAGCGUCUGUGCUCCUUCCUGGGCUUGUCGACCUCCUUGGAGGAGAGGGAGUGCAUCAUAGGAGGAGUGCAGUUUCACGCCAUGAAGGCAAACCCCAUGCUCAACUACUCCACCUCCCUUGCCAUGGACUUAAAAAUAUCUCCAUUCAUGCGGAAAGGGAAAGUUGGGGACUGGAAGAAUCACUUCACUGUGGCUCAGAACGAGUCUUUUGACGAGGACUACAAGAUGAAGAUGAAGGACACCACACUGACAUUCAAAACGACAAUCUAAUUGUCGGAGACGGAGGAUGGUAUUCGAAGAUCUGAAACUCCUAUGCACAGCCAGGUUCCAGGUGCUGGUGAAGUGCAGUC